GUAAACGCCCGUUAAAAAUUUUGAAAAGAAAAUCACACAGACUUCAGCGGUCCAAAAAUACGAAGACAUUUAUGGAUAACGUAACCUAUAUCCCGGAGAAAUUGGAAACUUGGAAUAGAGAGCUAGCAGAAAGUUUGAUCUUUAAUAAUGUGAUUUUGUCUCUGUAUAUAAUAGUAGGAUUCUUCGGAAAUUCCACAGUUGUCAUAGUCUACGGUUUUAUGAUGAAAAGCGAUAAAGAAGAGCGUUAUUUUAUUCCAUUCCUUGCCGCUGUGGACCUUUGUGCUUGUAUCGUUUGCGCUUCCUUCGGAAUUGCUCUCAAUUUGAUGCAGGCAACAUUUGACAACAUUAUUGCAUGCAAAGCUCUGCAAUUCCUGGUACCGCUUUUUACUUUUAGCUCGAUAUUAUUUCUCUUGAUCAUUGCUGUGCACAGAUAUCUGAAGGUCUGCAGGCCGUUUGGAAAGCAGAUGACGUUAAAGUGGAAACGAUUCGCGAUGUGUGUGGUUUUGAUAAUGGCACUUAUAUUAUCAUUACCUAUGAUUUAUUUUUAUGGACUAGUGUCCUUUCCAAACACCGAAAAGGGAAUCGUUGGUUUGAGAUGUAGCAGGUCAAAAUCUGCCACUAAAACAUUGUCUUUGAUUUUCGGGGGCUUUUUAGUUAUUUCGACAAUCGUAAUUAUUCUUUCAUUGAUUAUUCUGUAUUCAAAAAUAGGAUAUACUAUUGUAAUACAUUUUAGAAAUACCAAAUCUAUUAACAAUCAUCAAAGUCGUUUAGAGUCAGAAAAUUCGAUCGACGUCGAUCAGUUUCGGAAAAGAAUCUCGAGCCACGAAGAUCCACUUAGCGACGAAGGGGACAAGAACUAUUCCGUUCAGACGGAAAACACAGAUCUAUCCAGUUACUGUUCUGCGGAAACGAACAACAAGAAAUUAUCUGAAAUGAAUUCUCCUCGUACAUCUAUACAAACGGCAAGGAAUGGUGAGACAAGAACGAUAUCGGAAGGUAACGGCAAUCGUCAGAAGAAAAGACGACGGCGAAAGGCAAAACAGAACCGGACAGUUGUAUACAAAUUUACCCUGAUGUUUAUGCUCAUAACCGUCAUUUUCCUUAUAUGUUAUAUUCCUAAAGUAAUAAUUAUCAUGUUCGAAGCUAGAAAUCCGAAAUUCUGGGAGGAACUUUCAGAUUCUACAAGAGCUGGCGUUUUGUUUGUGUACAGAAUGUACAUCAUAAACAAUAUCACCAAUCCAUUUAUCUAUGCAUUCCUAGACAAGAAGUUUGCAAAUGAAAUUAAGAAGUUGUUUAAAGUUUGUAUAAGAAGAUGAUUUACAGAUUUCGUAAUGAAGAGAAUUUGUUAUCUUUUACAUAAUGACGAAAAAGAAU